UCACUGUAUAUAUACUGUAUACGGGGCUGUACACUGACUCUAUACACCGUCCCGCCCCGGCUCUCCCCUCCUCCAUCCUCCGGUCGGUGUCCCCUCUCCCCGGACUGAGGUACCAUGUCCCAGCACAGUUCAGUCUCCGUGGUCCGGACCACCUCCAGCAGCAGUAACGUCCAGCAGAGCAGCCCGGGACUGGUGGACAGAGAAUACCCCGGCUCCAUCUCCGCCAUCCUCAAGCUGUGCCAGGCGGUGUGCUUGCUUAUAGCUUUCCUGUGUGUGAGGAACUCUGUUUGGACAGACUACAGUACCUACCGCUAUUUUGAAGUUAUUACAAUAUGCUUUAUGAUAUUAAUACUUGUCUUCUAUGCGGUGUCCCUGUUUCGGAUAUACAGAAUGCUGACUUGUGUCUCAUGGCCAUUGACGGAACUGUUACAUUAUGCUAUCUGCACCAUCCUUCUGCUUAUUGGCUCCAUUGUGGCUGCUGUGAAAAGUUAUAGUAUUGGUGGACUAGUGGCUGGAUCGGUCUUUGGAUUCAUAGCUACAUUCCUUUGUACUGUGGGCAUGGUGCUCUCAUAUAAAGUAACAUUUGUGACUCAGUCAAGUGGUGCCGCUGUGUGAUUGCCCAGACACCUUAGUCUUCCAGAGAUGAAAGGACAUUGAAGUGCAUGGUGAAAAGUAUUGGCACCAUUUCUGGACUUCUUCCCCCAGUGAACAAACAUAAGCUUCUGAUGGAAAACGUGUUGUAAAAUCUCUGCACAUUGAAGGCAGCUAGUUGUGUGUAAAUGAAUACAGCAGCAGUUGUCACACUGCAGACAAGCCCUUAAAUGUAGCACUUUGGUGACUCGAUGGAAAGGUUUUCCAGUACACCUUGUGAUUCAUAAUGGAAAUCAUAGAAGGGACUUUCUUCAAGUUGUUUCCAGAAGACGUGACCGUUUCUUCUGAGCUCUGUGCCUCGUCACUGCCAGUCCUUUGAGUGUCAUACUGCCAACCAAAGAUACAAACAUUGCACUCUGACAUUUCUACAAGCACCAAAACUGCCAUUUUUGGACCAAGAACCAAAAACAAACCUGUUAAUGUAAAGCAAAGGACGGUUCCCAAAGCAGCCACUGCGAGGAGAGCAAACGCAGAAGAGCGCCAUGAGAAUUGUUUACAAAGAUGUCAGUAAUGGAUUGGAACAAUUUUAUACAUCUCUUGUGUUACUUAAAGUACAUGUAAAUCAUAACUGAAGGACAUUUAGUUUACUAAAGCACAGUGUAUCACAAACAAUUGACAUGUUUUGUUUUUUUAAUAAAAUACUGUUUUGACCAUUUUUCA